AUGUCUGCUGCAACUAUAAUCAACGCUGUUAAUCUUCAAUUUAGUCGAUUAGCACCACUCGUAGUAUUUAUUUUUGGGGUUCCUGGAAAUAUUUUUAACAUUCUCAUUUUUAUACGUCCAAAUCUUAUCAAAAAUCCAUGUUCAACUUAUUUUUUCUGCUCGUCAUUGGCCAAUUUAAAUGUUCUUUUCUUCGGUCUCAUCCCACGAUCACUUGCGGAUGGUUUUGGUAUUGAUCCUGUUUCAAAUAAUCUAGCAUUUUGUCGAUUUCGUUAUUUCAUGGUUCACCCUUCUGUGGUUCUUUCGUCAUGGUUUACCAUCUUAGCUGGUAUUGAUCGUUAUUGUAUUAGUUCAAGAGAUGUGCAUCGUCGUCAACUCAGCAAUCUAAAAUAUUCACGUUAUAUAUCUGCUAUAACAGCAUUCAUAGGUUUCGCUAUAUAUUCCCAUCUUCUUGGUUUAUUUGUGAUGCAACAACUCAAAACUGGUCCAUAUUGUUAUGCUUUAGUUGGACCUUAUCGAGUUUUUUAUGAUUUCUUUUACUUCGCUACAUUUAGUUUUACACCACCCAUAAUUAUGAUUAUUCUUGGAUUACUAACCUACCAUAAUGUUCGUCAGACACGUUCACAUAUUGUUCCUGUAGUGACAAAUAACACAAAUGCUGGCCAAUUAAAAAGACGAGAUCGACAGUUACUCAAAAUGACAUGUUUACAAUUUAUUUGUGUUAUUAUAUUAACAUUACCUAUUGCUGUUCAAAAAUUAUAUUCCACAUUCACACAAAAUGAUGUAAAAGGUACAACUCAAGUAGCAAUUGAAAGCUUUAUAACAAUAUUGUUGCGAGUAUUUGUCUAUAUUAACGCUAGUACAAGCUUCUAUGUGUAA